CCAUGGGUAUCAAACGGAUCUGUAACCCUGCCGUCAUGUACACCAAGCGUGUCCCUGCCGCUCUCCUCUUCAUCUUCUGUUGUAUGAUCAUCAGCGUCUAUGUUACAUACUUUAACCAUGGACCACCCGAGGACAUAAUGAAUCGGAACAGAAAUCAGGGACAAGGUGUUGAAUCGUCAAACGAUGACAAGGAAUUGCGUCUCACAAAAAGAGACGAAUCAAAAGAUAUUGGCGAGGAGGAAGACGGGGGUGACGAUGAAGUGAUCAAGGAUGAAGAUAAUCCAGACUUUGUGGAGUCGAAGAAAUUAUGGGAUGAUUUUAUAAAGGCAAACAAUUAUGUGUCUAUAGGCGAUCUCUACAGUGGCUGUGAGGUAGGUGACAGAGUACUGGUCGGGAAGACGAUAAUGCUGCCAGAUAAAAAGAAAGGAGGGAUAAAAUCGAGAACUUUCUUAAACUUUACAUUUGAGGAAGACUACACGGGAGGAGAAUUUGUCUUGGAAGUUAAGUAUAAUAACAAGGACUUAUAUGAUAAUCACUGGGAUAUGUGCACACUUGACGACCAGCAACCAGACCGGCUCAUCUUCUGUCCAUAUAAAGCUAACGCUCAAUGGUCAUGGGUCAAGGACAAAAAGAUUCCUGGCUAUCUUCCAAAGGGACGGUACGAGACGAAAGCGUAUAUUACAAACCAGGACGAAAAGCGUGUUCUGUGUGGAUAUUCAUUGUUCGUUCUUUAAUGAAGCACUCCUUCCAUUGAGCUAUCUCAGGACUAACCUAAAGAUCUGUUUACUUCCGACGACAACAUUGUUAGUUACUAACCACUAUCUUGUGUGGUGGUGAUACGGUUAGAAUGUGUUUGAUGGGGAUUGCUGAUAUGAUCUAGUCAGAGACAACGAAUGGUUAAACCUCCACUACAUAACGAUAUUUAUACAUGUAUUACACAUUAAUUCAUUGCAUCGCUGUUAAUGACUAAAUAGUCUAUUUUAUUUGUGAAUACGUAAUUAGUUUUGUUAUCAAAUCAGCUCUUGUUGAACUUUGUUCAAAUUUGCGGAGUUUUCAUUGCACGAUGUCAUAUAUUGAUUAUCUGUGAGUAUUUGACAUAUUCUUUCGUGUUCAUCAUUUUUUAAUUCAAGUUACAAAGUGAAAAUAACAAAUUUAUUCAAUUAUUGGGCUAGGACACCUCCCCGUCUAGAUUUUGAUUUUUGUUUCGAUCACUUUGGAUUUUCCUCAGUCGCCUCCAAGACUUCAAAAUUCAGGCCCUUAGCAUCAAGGACGUGUCCUAGAAGGACGAAACAGCUGUAUGAUGCAGAUUGAUUACUAUUUGGCUCUCCCGUAUUUAUCUCUUAAGUUUGUAUUUAAAAGUGUCCUUCACUUGUGUUUUUGCACAAUCUUUGUAAGUCGUAAAUGUUAUCUUAAUGUAUGUAUGUUAUAUUGAUGAUAGUAUUUUGUAACCAUUGAAGUAAUAUCGAGAUAAGAGGAAAAUGUGAGAAGUUAUUUGUGAGCUCACAAUUUUCUAAACUUACUGAUGUUUUUUAGAAAGCAACAAAACAGUUGUUUUAAUUUGAUUUGUGCCUGGAUUUUAUUUCCAUGUCAUGGUCACAAGCAUUCUCGUUUUCAUGUUUAUCUUAAUUUAUAUUGAUAGUUAAUUUCUGUAUGUGACAAAUGGCCUAUUAAGGAUAUUACACUUCACGUGACACACGUCUAUACACGUAUAGGUGAUGUUGUCGAAUACCUCGAACUCUUUUUACUUGAAUACCCUGUAUAAUUCGAAAACAUUCGUCGGUCCCGGCCAAACUUCACACGAAACAUUCGAACUUACUUAAAUGAAAUAUUUGUAAAACUCCAAGUUUUCCCACAGUCCAGGCGAAUUCGAGAUAAAGAGGUUUGACUUAUAACUACCAAGAUCAGCAACACUGAUGAAUUCAAAAAUUAUUCUGAAACGAAAGUAUUCAUCGAAUUCAAUUUGAUAAAGAUUACGGUGUAGAUUACAAGCCAGUGUAUCAAACCCCUCUAGUGAAAUAUAUUGCAGUUCGUACAGCUUGUUAUCUGCUCUUAAUCUGCAAUACUAAUAUAGAAAGUGUAUUGUAACUUGCCAAAGAUGUAUGUGUUAUAUUUUAUAAGGCAUAGCAACAUUGUGGAAUUCUGUGUUGAUAUCUGAAAAUAUAUUGAAUUCAUUGUUUCAAAAGUAUACAGAAUAAAAGUGUUGCAAAUAA